AGGUUGUGCACUACGUAGGGAGGUAGAGAGAUUUAAGACGUGCCUGUGAUUUCAAAUCCGUUAUCCGCGGCUUGUUCGGUCCACAUUACGGUUACCAUAACGUUACUCAAGGAGGAAGACCGAGACGCUGGUAAGUACGUUUUGGCAUUUAUUACCACACGAAUAUAUGUUUACAGCAUUGUUUUAGCCUUUCAGAAAAAAUAAUGAUGAGAAUAAUUUACUGUCGUGUGACCGCUCACAAGUUAAAGACUUAAAACACAGUGGUAGGUUAGCUGUGAGACCGUCCAGGUAAAUAAGCAGACCAAACUAAAUGAGGCUGUACUUGGCCUCAAUUUCUCCGUUCCGCCUUAAAUGGUGCAGUUACGUUCCGACACCUCAGACACCGCGAAAGUCGCGAAAGCUGAUAACGUUCAGGAAGGGGAGCUUCGUCCAGACUGAACAAACGUUAACGCUGGCAGGCUAGCUAGCAGUUGCUGUGCGAGCUACGUUUUAAAAAGCGAGGUGUGAGAGAAACCUUGUGUUAAAACGGCUCAGUCAGUUAGCCAGUUAACCUCUUUUUCGUUGAAAGUAACGUUAAGCUAGCCUAGCUAACGCGCUGCUUAGCUUUACCUGCAAAGGAACAGCUUGUCUCUCACAGCCACUGUGCCAUAUGGUCUCCCACUAUAAGGACACAAGUUGAUUACUUUUGUGAACGCCCAGUUAGUGGGCAGCAGCAGGAAUGCAGAUCAUCACCGGGCAGUGCACUACCUGAAGGAUGAAAUAAGCCUGCCAUGCCAUGGACGAUGCCCAGUCUAGACCGCACUCUUCACGCUCUGUCUGUUCACAGAGGACUGAAGAUGAAUGUCCAGUGGUGGGGAACCAUGAUGAACAUCACCUCUCGGUCAACCAAACACUCCAGGUGUUGGCCCGGAGGCCCGACAGCCCGAGCACCACCGUAACUGAGGAGACAGUGUUCAUUCCGCGAGCGGUGCACUCAGUGGACGCCUGCACAAACACUGACCCGCCACACAAAUGCUGUGGGUGGCUGCGCAGGCAGUGCCCCUGCCCGCCCCGGGGCCUCCUCGCCUACAUCAUCACCAAAGUGUCAAUGGCCGCAUUGCUGUUCGGGGUCGUGUGGUCCAUCACUGAGAAAGAGUGUCUCCCUGGAGGGAAUCUGUUUGGCAUCGUCACUGUGUUUAUCUGCGCUCUGACUGGAGGAAAGCUGGUGGGGCUCAUUCACAUCCCCAAUCUACCACCCAUCCCUCCUCUACUGGGCAUGUUGCUGGCAGGGGUCCUCCUCAGAAACAUCCCUGUGGUGACCGAGGCCGUCUACAUUGACUUCAGAUGGUCGGCCUCCCUGAGGAACAUCGCUCUGGCUGUUAUUCUGGCCAGAGCUGGCCUGGGACUAGAUGGCUCAGCCCUCAAGAAGCUGAAAGCAGUGUGUGUGCGUGUGGCGAUGGGACCGUGCCUCAUAGAGGCAUCCACUGUGGCACUGGUGUCCCACUUCCUCAUGGGCCUGCCCUGGAUUUGGGGCUUCAUACUGGGGUUUGUACUAGGAGCUGUGUCGCCUGCAGUGGUAGUUCCUUCCAUGCUGCUGCUACAGAAGGACGGUUAUGGCUUAGAGCAGGGGGUUCCCACACUGUUGAUGGCAGCGGGCAGCUUUGAUGAUAUCCUGGCCAUUACAGGCUUUACCACCUGUCUGGGCAUAGCUUUUGCCACAGGCUCCACCUGGUUCAACAUCCUUCGAGGAGGUUUGGAGGUAUUGGGUGGGAUGGUUGCCGGCUUGGCUUUUGGUUUCUUUCUUCAUUAUUUUCCCAGCAAAGACCAGAAAGAUCUAGCAGUAAAGCGCUCAUUCCUGCUGCUGGGUCUGUCUGUGUUUGCUGUGUUCGGCAGUAAUGUGGUGGGUAUCCCAGGCUCAGGAGGACUUUGUACACUGGUACUGUCCUUCGUUGCUGGAGUGGGGUGGAGAAAGGCCAAGGCCCCAGUAGAGGAGAUUGUGGGUAAAGCGUGGGAUGUGUUCCAGCCUCUGCUGUUUGGGCUCAUUGGUGCUGAGAUCACCAUCAGCGCUCUGGACCCCAGAACAGUGGGCCUGGGGCUAGCAGCCCUUUGCAUCGCCCUGACUGUACGAAUCUUCUUUACCUUCCUCAUGGUGCUGUGCGCUGGCUUUAACUUUAAAGAAAAGCUGUUUAUUGCUCUGGCCUGGAUGCCUAAGGCCACUGUUCAGGCUGCUAUUGGCUCGACCGCUCUGGACAUGGCGCGCUCUAAGCAGGAAAAGCAGAUGGAGCAAUAUGGAAUGGACGUACUGACCGUCGCCGUGCUGUCCAUCCUUUUAACAGCCCCUAUUGGUGCUCUGCUCAUUGGCCUGUGCGGACCACGCUUGCUGCAGAGACCAAAGAAUCCUGAGUGGGCUAUGAGUCAGGGUGCGCUGUCAGCGUCAGAGACGCCGGUGACCUAUGAGAGUGCAAUCUAAGGCUGCUAGCAGGCGGUGGAAGUGACCAACCAAAGCAUCGUCCUCCCGAGCUCCUAUCGGCUCUGCAGGGGCUUUCC